CCUCCCGUCUCCUCCCCUUCCCGGUGUCAGGACUACAGCUCCCAUCAUGCAGGCAGCACUCAGGGAAGGAAGGCGGCAUGGAGACGGAUGAGGCUCAGCCUCACGCCCAUCUGGCCGCGCUGGUGCUGGCCCGGGGCGGCAGCAAGGGGAUCCCGCUGAAGAACAUCAAGCUGCUGGCCGGAGUGCCGCUCAUCGGAUGGGUGCUGCGCGCCGCCAUCGACGCAGGCGUCUUCCACAGUGUGUGGGUGUCUACUGACCAUGAUGAAAUUGAGAAGGUUGCAAAGCAGUUUGGUGCUCGGGUUCAUCGCCGAAGCCCUGAAGUAUCUCAAGACUCCUCUACCUCCCUAGAAACUAUCAGAGAGUUUCUUAAUCAUCAUCACGAAGUCGAUAUUGUAGGAAAUAUUCAAGCAACAUCUCCCUGUCUACAUCCCAGUGAUCUCAUAAAAGUAGCAAAUCUGAUUCAAAAGGAGGGUUUUGAUUCUGUUUUCUCUGUUGUGAGACGGCAUCAGUUUAGAUGGAGUGAGGUAAAAAAAGGAGAAAACAAAAUGACAGAGCCCCAAAACCUGAAUCCAGCAAAGCGGUACAGGAGGCAAGAUUGGCCUGGGGAGCUGUAUGAAAAUGGCUCCUUUUAUUUUGCUAAGAGGCAUUUGAUCGAGAAAGGCUACUUGCAGGGUGGUAAAAUGGCCUACUAUGAAAUGCGUGCUGAGCACAGUGUGGAUAUUGAUAUAGACAUUGACUGGCCUAUUGCAGAGCAAAGAGUGUUGAGCUUUGGAUAUUUUGGCAAGGAGCCAUUAAAAGAAGUGAAGCUAUUGGUUUGCAGUGUUGAUGGAUGCCUGACAAAUGGUCGCAUUUAUAUCACAGAAGAUCACAAGGAAAUGGUCUCCUAUGAUUACAGAGAUAUUAUUGGUAUCAAUCUAUUAAAGAAAAGGGGAAUCCAGGUUCGACUCAUCUCUGAAAGAGAUUGUUCAAAAUCCCUGUCAGCCAUGCAACUGGGAUGUGUAGCAGAAGUUAAUGCAACAAACAAACUACAAGUCCUGGAGAACUGGCGAAAAGACAUUGGUUUAAGCUGGAAAGAGGUUGCUUACUUAGGAAAUGAAGAAUCUGAUGUGGAAUGCCUGAAGAAAGCUGGUAUGAGUGGUGUGCCUGCUGAUGCUUGUGCACUCGCUCAGAAGGCCGCUGGUUACAUUUGUAAAAGCAGUGGUGGCUGCGGUGCUGUCCGGGAGUUUGCAGAACACAUAUUCCUUUUGUUAGAAAAAGUGAACUCUGCAAGAAAGCAAAUGGAAGAAGUGAAUUCAGCCAGAGGGGAUACAGGGAGAAUAUGAGAACAGCGGAAGUGGAAAUAAGGAACUAAUGAAAAAACAAUAACGCAGUUGUUCUCUUGUUUUUCCACUUCUUCCUUUCCUAAUACAGUUUUACAAUGUAUUAGAGUUUUAAAAAUGUUUCCUUCUAAUUUAAGGUUCCACUUUGAUUAAGUGCUGACAUACGUGAUUGUAAUUAUGAUUAUUUUAAAAGCUAUUUAAGUGCAAUUGAAGAAAUACUAUAAAAGUAACGUCCUGUAGAUCUGCUCUUAAUCAUUACACUUGUUCUACAAGAAUGAUGUAUCUUUGUUUUAUAAUCUAGAUAUAUGCAGUGAACAAAGAUUUUAUUUUUUUCAUGAUUUGUGGAUUUGAAAUCCACACUUAAAAAUUUUGUUCUGUAAGGUGUGGUCACUUAAUGUAUGUUUCCUCUAUCAAGUAUCAGUAUGAUACUGUAGUUAUAUGCUAGCUUUUCUUGAGGUGCCUGUCUCUCCAGUAAGGAAGAGUUCUAGCGUAAGCUGAAGAGGUCAGGGCAAAUAAAUACCAAACCUUUUCCUGUAUUUUAAAAAGUCGAGUCAGUGUAAAACUAGUUAAUGUUAGUAUUAGUUAAGAAGAGUGUUUAAGCAUGCGUUCAAUUUAAGCAGAUAAAUAAUUGAGUGAUGUUUGGAAUUAUGCCUCCUACCUUUUAAUCUGGUUAUGUUGGGUUUUAUUUAAGUGCUUAAAUUAACAUAACUAAAUGCUUUACACCAAAUUUGGAACUAAAUCUCCCAUUAACCUUGAAAUCUUUCCUUUGCAUAAAAUGUGUUUCCUCAUGUGGAGUCUUCAUUACGGCUGCUAAUGUUUUUUUUUUUUUAAAAAAAAAAAGUUAAUUGUAUGGAAAAGUAAUUGCUGUGGGAGAAAAGAAUCAUCAUCAUUGAUGUUUUUGGGUUCGUAUAAAAUACGCUGAGAUUAUAUUUAGCAUAUUAAUUUAAAGUUGGUGUAAAUACAUUUGUAUUUAUGUAAAAUACAGUUCUUACUGGGUUUUGAUUUGAAGAACUCAGUGAUCUGUAAACAUCUAUCGAACUGACAUUGAAAAUAGACAUCUGUUUUCAAUCCUUGUAUUACCAGUCAGUCAGGCUCAGCCUUGGGUUAGACUGGAAAAAGAUUAAAAAAAAAAAACAAAUAAAAUCAUGGCCAUACAAGCAAUUAUUGUCAA